GUGGCUUUCCCGUAUUCGGGCGGUAGGGGCGUGGCCCGGCUCGGCGUGCCUCUACUCUGGGCCUGCGCGCGCCGGAGUCAGGGGUCACGGCGGCGUGGGCUGUGGCGGGAAACGCCGUUUGAAGCGGGAUGGAUGGUAAGCGGCGACAAGGCCCAGGGCCUGGGGUGCCCCCAAAGCGAGCCCGUGGGGGCCUCUGGGAUGAGGAUGAGGCAUAUCAGCCAUCGCAGUUCGAGGAGGAGCUGGCACUGAUGGAGGAGAUGGAGGCAGAGCACAGGCUGCAGGAACAGGAGGAGGAGGAGCUGCAGUCGGCCCUGGAGGGGGCUGCGGACGGGCAGCUCUCCCCGACAGCCGUAGAUGCCCGGUGGCUUCGGCCCUCCCCGCCCCCCCUCGACCCCCAGGCGGAGCCCCUCAUCUUCCAGCAGUUGGAAAUCGACCAUUACGUGGGCCCAGCACGGCCCCUGCCUGGGGUGCCCCCGCCGUCCCAGGACUCCGUGCCGGUGAUCCGCGCCUUUGGGGUCACCGACGAGGGCGUCUCUGUCUGCUGCCACAUCCACGGCUUCGCGCCCUACUUCUACACCCCGGCACCCCCUGGGUUUGGGCCUGAGCACCUGAGCGAGCUGCAGCGGGAGCUGGACGCGGCCAUCAGCCGGGACCAGCGUGGGGGCAAGGGGCUCACGGGGCCGGCCGUGCUGGCCACGGAGCUGUGCUCCCGGCAGAGCAUGUUUGGGUACCACGGCCACGGCCCCUCCCCGUUUCUGCGCAUCACCCUGGCGCUGCCCCGCCUCGUGGCUCCCGCCCGCCGCGUCCUGGAGCAGGGCAUCCGCGUGGCCGGCCUGGGCACCCCCAGCUUCGCGCCCUACGAGGCCAACGUCGACUUUGAGAUCCGGUUCAUGGUGGACGCGGACAUCGUUGGCUGCAACUGGCUGGAACUCCCGGCUGGGAAAUACGUCCUGAGGUCGGAGGGGAAGGCCACACUGUGUCAGCUGGAGGCGGACGUGCGGUGGUCGGAUGUGGCCAGUCACCCGCCAGAAGGGCGGUGGCAGCGAAUCGCACCUCUGCGGGUGCUCAGUUUUGACAUCGAGUGCGCCGGCCGCAAAGGCAUCUUUCCGGAGCCCGAGCGGGACCCCGUGAUCCAGAUCUGCUCACUGGGCCUGCGCUGGGGCGAGCCAGAGCCCUUCCUGCGCCUGGCGCUCACCCUGCGGCCCUGCGCCCCCAUCCUGGGCGCCAAGGUGCAGAGCUACGAGCGGGAGGAGGACCUGCUCCAGGCCUGGUCCACCUUCGUCCGCAUCCUGGACCCCGACGUGAUCACUGGCUACAACAUCCAGAACUUCGACCUUCCGUACCUUAUCUCCCGGGCCCAGAUCCUCAAGGUGCAGGCCUUCCCCUUCCUGGGCCGCGUGUCCGGCCUCCGCUCCAGCACCCGGGAUUCGUCCUUCCAGUCCAGGCAGACCGGCCGGCGGGACAGCAAGGUGGUCAGCAUGGCGGGCCGCGUGCAGAUGGACAUGCUGCAGGUGCUGCUGCGGGAGUACCGGCUCCGGUCGUACACGCUCAACGCCGUGAGCUUCCACUUCCUGGGCGAGCAGAAGGAGGACGUGCAGCACAGCAUCAUCGCUGACCUGCAGAACGGGAACGAGCAGACGCGCCGCCGCCUGGCCGUGUACUGCCUCAAGGACGCCUUCCUGCCCCUGCGGCUGCUGGAGCGCCUCAUGGUGCUGGUGAACGCCAUGGAGAUGGCGCGCGUCACCGGCGUGCCCCUCAGCUACCUGCUCAGCCGCGGCCAGCAGGUCAAGGUCGUGUCCCAGCUGCUGCGGCAGGCCAUGCGCGAGGGGCUGCUGAUGCCCGUGGUGAAGACAGAGGGCGGCGAGGACUACACGGGCGCCACGGUCAUCGAGCCCCUCAAAGGGUACUAUGAUGUCCCAAUCGCCACCCUGGACUUCUCCUCGCUGUACCCGUCCAUCAUGAUGGCCCACAACCUGUGCUACACCACGCUCCUGCGGCCCGGGGCCGCCCAGAAACUGGGCCUGACCGAGGAUCAGUUCAUCAAGACGCCCACGGGGGACGAGUUUGUGAAGGCGGCGGUGCGGAAGGGGCUGCUGCCCCAGAUCCUGGAGAACCUGCUCGGCGCCCGGAAGAGGGCCAAGGCCGAGCUGGCCAAGGAGACAGACCCCCUACGGCGGCAGGUCUUGGACGGGCGGCAGCUGGCGCUGAAAGUGAGCGCCAACUCUGUGUACGGCUUCACUGGUGCCCAGGUGGGCAAGCUGCCGUGCCUGGAGAUCUCACAGAGCGUCACUGGGUUCGGGCGCCAGAUGAUUGAGAAAACGAAGCAGCUCGUGGAGUCCAAGUACACGGUGGAGAACAACUACAGUGCCAAUGCCAAGGUGGUGUAUGGUGACACUGACUCUGUCAUGUGCCGAUUUGGCGUCUCCUCUGUGGCUGAGGCCAUGGCCCUGGGACGGGAGGCUGCGGACUGGGUGUCUGGCCACUUCCCCUCACCCAUCCGGCUAGAGUUUGAGAAAGUCUAUUUCCCGUACCUGCUCAUCAGCAAGAAGCGGUACGCGGGCCUGCUCUUCUCCUCCCGGCCCGACGCCCAUGACCGCAUGGACUGCAAGGGCCUGGAGGCCGUGCGCAGGGACAACUGCCCCCUAGUGGCCAACCUCGUCACCGCCUCUCUGCGCCGCCUGCUCAUCGACCGAGACCCCGCGGGCGCCGUGGCACACGCGCAGGACGUCAUCUCCGACCUGCUGUGUAAUCGCAUCGACAUCUCCCAGCUGGUCAUCACCAAGGAGCUGACCCGCGCAGCCGCAGACUACGCGGGCAAGCAGGCCCAUGUGGAGCUGGCCGAGAGGAUGAGGAAGCGGGACCCCGGGAGCGCGCCCAGCCUGGGCGACCGUGUCCCCUACGUGAUCAUCAGUGCCGCCAAGGGCGUGGCCGCCUACAUGAAGUCCGAGGACCCGCUCUUCGUGCUGGAGCACAGCCUGCCCAUCGACACGCAGUACUACUUGGAGCAGCAGCUCGCCAAGCCUCUCCUGCGCAUCUUCGAGCCCAUCCUGGGCGAGGGCCGAGCCGAGGCCGUGCUGCUGCGUGGGGACCACACACGCUGCAAGACGGUGCUCACGGGCAGGGUGGGCGGCCUCCUGGCCUUCGCCAAACGCCAGAACUGCUGCAUUGGCUGCCGCACUGUCCUCAGCCACCAGGGAGCCGUGUGCAAGUUCUGCGAAGCCCGGGAGUCGGAGCUGUAUCAGAAGGAGGUGUCCCACCUGAACGCCCUGGAGGAGCGCUUCUCGCGCCUCUGGACCCAGUGCCAGCGCUGUCAGGGCAGCCUGCACGAGGACGUCAUCUGCACCAGCCGGGACUGCCCCAUCUUCUACAUGCGCAAGAAGGUGCGGAAGGACCUGGAGGACCAGGAGCAGCUUCUGAGGCGCUUCGGGCCCCCCGGCCCCGAGGACUGGUGACCUCUGACCUCGGCCGACUUCCCACAGGGGCCUUGUGGGGUGGGAUGGGCGGAGAAUUAAUAAAGUUCAGGCCUUUUGUUACCCGGUGCUUUGUGGUCCCUGGGGGGUCGUGGUCCACUGUCGUAAGCUCUGGCCCAGAUGGGUUA